AUGGUUUUACAUAAGUCAUUUGCAUUGGUUACGCAGCUAAGCGCUUUGUUGUUCAUACUUUUAGGAUUCUGUGGGAGUGGAAGGUUGUCGUCAGCGUGCAUCGAACCAGAAAGGAUUGGGCUGAUGAAGCUCAAAGCCGCCUUCAAUGUCCCUAACGGGUCCGCAGAUCCGUGGUGGCGUGACGAUAAAGGUGAUUGUUGCAAAUGGGAAGGUGUUUGGUGCAACAACGUCAGCAUGCGGGUGACUAUGCUCCUGCUCAAUGAUACACAAGAUUCUCGCCUAGGCCCGUGGUCUCUUAAUGCCUCCUUAUUCCUCCCUUUUGAGGAACUUGAAGUACUUGACGUGGGCUUCAAUCAGCUAACUGGUUUUACGGAGACGUUGAGAUUGAAGAGAUUGCAAGUGUUAGAAUUGCGUACAAACGAACUAACAGAGGUCCCCUCCUUGCAUGAGUUGCCAUCCUUGAAUGCAUUGUACUUACAAUUCAAUUAUUGCCUGAAGAACCUCUCCCGUCUUGAAGGACUGAAGCUGGAGGUGGUAGAUGUCUCGUUCAAUCAUUUGGCUGGAGAUAGUCUUUCAGCAAUUUGGAGCAUGACAUCCCUUAAAGCCUUGUCGAUAGCUGGCAAUCAAUUGGGAGACUCAAUAUUUCAAGGCUUGUGUCAGUUGAAGGGUCUUGAAGAGUUGGAUGCUUCCUAUAACGAGUUUGUAAGCAGCAUUCCACCAUGCAUUCAGAACAUGACCUCACUCUAUGCAAUCGAUCUUCAUCGUAACCAUUUUGGAGGGAACAUCCCUUCCUCCCUCUUCGCUAAUCUCAAGUCACUGCAAGACGUGUCUCUGUCCGGGAAUGCUUUUGAAGGGUCGUUUUCUCUCGCUGCAUUAACCAACAACUCUAGGCUUGAAGUAUUUGAUCUCGCCAACAAUUACCAUCGUUUGAAUAUCACAACAGAGGAUCCUCUCUAUGCUCCUUCGGCUCAGUUGAAGAUCUUGUGUUUAUCUGACUGUGCACUCAACGAACCUCGUGGUGUCAUCCCUACCUUUCUACGGGACCAACACGAGCUAAGACUUCUUGAUCUCAGCCAUAACAACAUGAGCGGAGCUUUUCCAUCUUGGUUAUUAGAGAACAACACAAAACUAGAGGCCUUAAAGCUUUCAAAUAAUGCCUUCUCCGGAAGUUUUAGUUUCAACUCCUCCACUGCAAGCAAUGUUGACAUACAGUUGAUUGAUGUGUCGUCAAAUUUUAUAGAUGGAGAACAUCCCAUUUCUAUCGGUUCCUCCUUUCCAAAUUCAGCUUUCAUCAACAUGUCCAGAAAUCUUAUUCGUGGGGGAAUCCCUUCUUCUCUGGGCGACAUGAGGUUGUUGUCUUGCCUAGACUUGUCAAAUAAUGAUUUCAUCGGAGAGCUGCCAGAGUCAUUACUCUGCAAGUGUCAACAUCUCGAGGUUCUAAAGUUGUCGAAGAAUAAUUUGCUAGGUUCAGUACUUCCAAGAACGGCCAACUUGACAAAGUUAUAUACUGUGUCUUUGGAGAACAACCGAUUCUCGGGAGCGAUUUCUCCCGGGUUGCUUAACAGCCCCGGCUUACAUUUUCUGGACGUAAGCAGCAACUUUAUGUCAGGGACAGUUCCUAGUUGGAUCGGAGACUUUGAAAGCUUGAAGAAUCUUAUGUUGACGGAUAAUUCCCUGGAAGGUCGUUUGCCAUUGAGCUUUUGCAAAUUAAAGCUAAAGUUCCUGUGCCUUGCUGCUAAUGAUUUUGGUCCCACGAUACCUUCAUGUGACCUUUUCCACAGUUUCUACGGGACGCCUCAUCGAUAG